AUGUUUGUUUUAUUCUUCUUCUUUACUACCUUAAUAGGAUGUAUCGGUCCAAGAAAGCCAAAUGCUGAGCAAUCCAGCUGGGAAGAGUACGAAAAGAAGAUGGGAGGAAAAGAUAAUUGUCAUGGUUCAAUUUGUUCAAAAGAAAAACCUGCACCAGCAAGCCCUGAAGUAAAAGAAGUUGAUAAGCCGAAGAAAGACUUAUGA